UCUUGACCAUAGAAAGCCAGGGAAGAAGAGACCUUGACCAAGACAAGACGGUUUAUGAGACAGAAUUACAGCAGCAAUGGAUGACGGUAACGUUAAUGACUUUGGGCAGCAGCCUCAGGACAGUUGUGCGGACACUCUCAGAAGGCAGGUCUUGUUGAGGCUGCUUUCCAAAUUUGAAAUGGGACUCGCCAGACAGCCCAUAGACCUUGAUUAUUUUGAGUUUACAUGUAGGCAAGAGCUAUAUCUCUGCAAUGCAUUGUCACGCCAUUUCAAUGUACCUGCAGAGAUACUGCAGGCCCUGGAUGAGUUUUUUAAAGCAGUAAAGGAGCGCCUGGAGUUGACCGAUGUACAUAUUACACCAAACACAGUACCUGGAGCGAUGGGGCGUCCCAUGCUUGAUGUCGACAGGGACAGCAUUGAGGAGCUCCUGGAAUUGGACCUGCCUGUGCCCUGCAUCUCAAAGAUGCUGGGUGUGUCGAGGAGAACCUUAUUUAGGAGGUUGAAGGAAUUUGAACUUUCAGCUAGGAGAUACAGUGUUAUAGAUGAUGACGACUUGGACAAUGUUGUGCAACAGAUCAAAGAUGAAAUGCCAACUGCAGGCUACCGCAUGGUCAAGGGGAGGCUACGAUCUAUUGGGAUCAAUGUCCAGUGGAGGAGAGUGGCUGCAUCACUACACCGUGUGGACUCUGUGGGCAUCCUCUCAAGACUUGCUGGGUUAGGCUGCAUCAUACGCAGGACCUAUUCUGUCAGAGGACCCCUUUCUCUGUGGCAUGUGGACACAAACCACAAAUUAAUCAGGUACAACAUUGUACUGUUUGGUGCAGUGGACGGGUACUCCAGGAAGGUGAUGUGCCUGAGUGCCGCCACCAACAACCUGGCAUCCACUGCAUUUUCUGCCUUCAAGAAGGCUACUGAGCGGCAUGGCAUUCCCUCAAGAGUCAGAGGUGAUCAAGGCGUUGAGAAUGUUGACAUUGCCAGAUUCAUGUUCAGCGUUCGGGGAACUGACAGGGGAAGCUUCAUGUCAGGGAAAAGUGUUCAUAAUCAAAGGAUUGAACGUCUGUGGCGGGAUGUCAGGACCUGUGUCACCUCAAAGUAUUACAACACGCUUCGGAGUCUGGAGUGGGAUCAGCUACUUGACGUUUCCUCCACAGAAGACCUUUUCUGCGUCCACAUGGUAUUCCUCCCAAAAUUGGAGAUUGACCUUGAACAUUUUGUGGAAGGUUGGAACCACCAUCCAAUCCGGACAGAAAAUAACAGGACUCCCGAGCAGUUAUGGCAGUUGGGUUUGAUGAACACCGAUAUUGAACAGCCUGAAAAUAUUGAGGACAUUGAGGAGCCAGACAUUGACUGGGACAUUGCCACAGACCACGAUGGUGAGAUGGAAGGGGCGAUUGUGGUUCCUGAAAUUGAUUGUCCUUUGAGUGAGGAACAAAGGGAAGGUGUUCAGUCACUCAUUCAAGACAAUGACCCAGUUACACCUGCAAGGGAACUGUACUUGCUAUGCCGUGAAUAUUUGUUUGGCACAGGUUAAUA